GGAUCGCGCAUUCAGCGGAUCGUUACAAUCGUAGUCAAAUUCAGUUACAACACCAACAACUAAGGACAAGCGUAUUAUUAUUACCUUUCAACCAUUCUAUGCAUCAUCCACUGGAAGCGAGCCACAUUUCGUAGCGACAACCAACAAAAAUAUUUCAAAUCGUUGACGCUUUUUUUUCUGUUGAGUUUUUUUUUCAUCGAAAUAAAACCAAAUCACGGCAAUAGUUGCAGGAAAAAAUAUUCGGUUCGGCAAAUUUCGGAAGCUUUCGUUGUUUUAUUGUUUGUGUGCAACAAAAAAAUUUCGUUGUGGAAAUCUCAAAGCAGCAGACACUUUUUUUUAAAAAACCUGAUAAAGUACAAACGUUUUGCUAUGCGAAUUGAACACAAUCCCAAUGAAUUGAUCGGAAAAGGUGUUUGUGUUUGGAAAAAAGGAAGAAAAAACGGUGAAAAAUUGUUGUAAUCAUUACAAAACAAGUGACUUUUGAGUGACUGAUUUUAUGCUCGAAAACAUCGAUUGAGAACCAUUUUGAUGAGAUUUUUCUUUGCUAUCGUUCGCUUACAUCGAAAUCGAAAAUACUUCAACACAUCACAACAAAUUAUCAGAUUUAGAUGCAAUAAAUUCAGUGUUUUAUGUUCAACUAAGUUAAUGUGAACAGUGGACAUAAAAGGCAUAAAGCAAAAAAUAUUUAAAAAUCACCAAAAAGCAAAAAAUUACAAUCAACAGCUAAGCUUAAAUCAAAUAGCCAAUUCUUCAGCAAGACAAAAAUCAAAACACCAAAAUCAACUCCAACUUACACCGUACGCAAACACGCCGUUUCAAAUCAAAUGUGCCGUGCGUUUGCGCGAAUGAAAAAGUGGCAAAAAACGUUGUGAUUGUGUGUGCCGGAAUAUAGCAAACCCUUGGUGGACUCAUCAUAUAGAGGAUUCGACUGAUCACCGCGCAUUUCCAUACUCAACAAGUGAAACAAUCUCUCUCUCUGUCUCACUCUCUACACGCAUCAACGAACUAAUUGUAUUCUCGAUACGACGAAGUCAAGUACAUUUGCGGGUCACAUAUAUUGCAGCAGCAACAACAAUCCAAUUUUUUUUUUGUAUUUUUGUUUCAACCAAAGACAGAAAGUUUAUCUAAUUUGUUACUCAUGUCAUGUGUGCGAUAAAAAUAGCAGUUUAGUGGAAUUGUUUUUUUUUUCGGUGGACAACAAUAAACAAAAAAGGAAAUAUUUCAAAGAGAAGAAAAGGAAGAUUAUUUGAUGUGUGUUUGAAUUUGGAAUAACAAACCUGAUUCGAAUCCUUGUAAAAAACCAAAUCCUACGUCAUUGCUUUGCCAUCGUGUGUUAAUAAUUUUUUGUUGAGACAAAAAAAAACAAACAGUUUAAUCCAUUUGAAUAAGUCCAGCACUUGAUUUCAGUUUUUGGUACAGCGAAUCGUUCAAUUGAUGAUUUAUAUGUCAUGAUAAGUAUGGAAUUGCAACCAUCAGUGCACAUUCAGCACAUAAAUCAUCAUGGAAUUAUCGGAUCACAUGGACUAACCGCACAAUCUGGACAACAUCAUUCAGUUGGUUUAUUGCAUCACCAUCAGCAGCAACAGCAAUCACAAGGCCCAAAUCAUAUCACCAUGCAUGACGAGAAGCAACAAAAAAACAUUGUUUUUGAUGUAUUUUCAGAAGAUGGUUCGCAGGGGAGCGCGGGUGGCGAUGGUCAUGGCGGCGUUAAUCAAUUAGGUGGUGUAUUCGUAAAUGGUAGACCAUUACCCGAUGUAGUACGACAACGAAUCGUUGAACUAGCUCACAACGGUGUUCGACCGUGUGAUAUAUCAAGACAGUUACGGGUCAGUCAUGGCUGUGUAUCCAAAAUACUUUCAAGGUAUUACGAAACAGGAAGUUUUAAAGCUGGUGUAAUAGGGGGAUCCAAGCCAAAAGUAGCAACACCACCUGUUGUCGACGCAAUCGCCAACUACAAGCGAGAAAAUCCAACAAUGUUUGCUUGGGAGAUUCGGGAUCGAUUACUGGCCGAAGGGAUUUGUUCACAGGACAAUGUGCCCAGUGUUUCAUCAAUAAAUCGAAUUGUCCGAAAUAAAGCUGCCGAAAAAGCGAAACAUGUUCAUCAUCAGCAACAGAAUCAAACAUGUCCUCCGCAAAAUUCAAGUGGUGGUCCAGCUGGUAAUUCCGUUGUAAAUGUAAAUAAUGUGAAUAGUGGAUCGUCGGCAAAUAACAACUCAGGAAUCACUGGAAAUGUGUCCGUUAUCAUCCAUUCGGGUAACAUUCAGCAACAGCAGCAACAGCAGCAGGCGCAACAACAUUCGACCCAAACUCAAUUGACAACGGGAAGCGGAAGCGGUGAACAAAGGUCUACCGGUUAUAGCAUAAAUGGAAUUUUAGGCAUUCAACACACUACCGAUCCAAAUGGCAACAGCAUCAAGCGAAAGCGAAUAGAUGAUGACGCACGUGAUAUUCAUGGCGACGAUGACUUGAAACGACAAAGGAACCAAUACAACGGAGAUCAAAUCUACUCAAACUUAUGGUCAAGUAAAUGGUGUAUAAAAGAAGAGCAAAAGAUGUUUUCGGAGCUGAGUGCGGCGAAUGGAAUUGGUGGAGGCGGUGGUAAUGGUAACGCGGCGGCCGCAUAUUACGAUAGUCAUCACAAUGGCUUCUCAACAGCGAAUGGUGUGGGCUCAACGGAAUCGAUUUUGUAUGACGGCAUAACAACCAUUUCCCAGGCUCAAAGCUCAUUAUAUACACCACCCGUUGUGUCAACGCUUGGACCAGGUUCAUUGACGCCAUUAGCGCCGAUUAGCAUGCAAGAAAUGAAAUUAAGUUCGGGAAAUUUGCUUGAUCACCCAUCCUUUCAAGCAACGAUAAAUGGUCAUUCGUACUCAACAUUCAUUGGUCCAGUACCAAGCAACGGUUCACCUGGACUGCCUUUGUCCUUAGAUAAUAGUACACCAACACCAAAUCCACCCGUAACCACCACCACUGGCGAUGUGGAAGAUGGUUCAACCAACAAUAAAUACGAACAAGUUCCCAGCAAAUAUGAACAAGGUUCACAACAAUCCCAAGAUCAUCAUCAUGCACAUGAUAUUGACAACCGCUCAUUUCCAACCGAAUCUCCCAACGAUCAAUCUUCGUUGAUCAUUUUACAGCCCAGUGGAGCGUCCGGUGAAAUCGGCUCAACUAAUUCGGCCACUGGGCUGGGUGCUUACUCUCCAAUGCUACCUAGUUUUAGUCAUUAUGCGCCAGGUGGUUCAACGGUUGUACCUGGCACUGAAUAUGCAUAUAGUCCGGCUUAUCCUCAAUAUGGCAAUGCGUACAGUCCGUACGGUUAUAGCUCUUCUGCUGGCGGGCUGCUCAAUUCAGCCUAUUACUACAGUAGCAAUGAUGGGCCAAAUGGUUGCACAUUACUAGUCGGUGGAAGUAGCAGCAGCAGUAACAGUGCAGACUUGAUAAAUGGUUUACAUACUCAAUCAACAAUAUCGUCAUCAUCACAUGAGAUUCGUUCACCGUUGGCCGCAACGCGUGCCAAUUCAUUGGCAAGUGCUGCAUCACCCACGGGCAGUGCAUGCAUCAUACCAUCAACAUCAUCAUCACAAUCAUAAGCAACUGGAAUAGAAAUGAUGUUCUCCCCCUUCUCCUUCACCCACUCCAUCUAUCUCACUUGCAACUUGUUUUUAAUGGGCAGAAAAAAAAUGAAAUAUACAACGAAUAAGAACAAAUCAACCACUUCUCAAGGAUUAAGACGAUUUCGUAAAGGAAGAGCCAACCAAAUCGACACACAUAUACACAAAAAGCCAAGCAUUUAAUUGAUCUGAAUAGGGUGAAGAAGAGACUAGGUGUCCAUCAAUUGGUGUUUAACGAUCAAUGAUGAUGACGACGAUAUGUUCGGUAACAUUUUGAAAUAAAUGAAACGAAAAAAAACAUGCAAGAAAAACACUCAAAAUCUUAAACUGUUAAGAUUUAACUAUAGCUUCAACAACAAAAAAGAAAACUUGAUAAAAAACACACACACAUACAUAUUCAAAACUCAAAUACACACACUCUCUCACACUCUCAAAUGUCAUACUCAGUAAAACAAAACGAAGGAAAAAUAACAAAGAACAACACUCAGACAGACAUGGAUUUUUACAGUUGAAUCCGUUCGUUUCUUUUCUAAUUCUAUUCAUAAGUCGUUUUAAGCAUAUUAUAAAUAAAUAUAUAUUGAAUUUGGAUUUAAAAAAAAACACACACACACACACACGGAAAAACAACAUUUAAGGGAAAAAAACUUUUUAAAAUCAAUACACACAAACAAAUUCAAAUGAAACGAAUGACAAAAAAGUAUAUAUAUUAAAAAGGAGUACAUAGAUUUAUAGAGUAAUUAUUUGUCAGAAAUGUGUAUCUAAUAAGCGUCUCUCUUGAAGAGAGCACAUCAAAAUAAUUAUUAAUUAAAAACAAUGAAGACAUUAGAUUUAAAAUGCAACACAAAAAGGGAGACAAAUACAACAUUAUUACAACUAAACCAAAAACUAUCCCUUAAGAUUGAUACAGCAGCUCAAUGAGCAAAGAUCAGACAUCAUUUUUUGUUUUAAAUUUACCAAAACGGGAAUGGAAUUGCUUCAACAGCAGCUGUGCGGUUUAAAACGAACGAUUUUUCUUUGUUUGCAUGAAAUUUUUUUCGUUUUGAACAAAAGAGGCCGUGCGAUUCGAGACAAAAUUGGAGAAUAACACAUUAGGACGGAGAUGCAAUGGCAUUUAUGCAUCGAGUCAGAAAAACAUGCCGGAGGCUUCGUUUUGGUUACAGUCCAAAGCCGUAUUUCAAAAAUCCAAAACGUGGUUGAACUCGAAAAUUUGGUUGAAAAAGAAUCGAAAAAAUCAAAAAGCGUCAUAAUUUAUUUGCGACAACCACAAAAUCUAAAAAGAUUUGACGCAUGAAUGCCAUUGCAUUGGAUCUUGAUUUAUUCGAUUCAUUGCUAGUUAGAUUGUCAGUCGGACAGCCUUCGAAAAUCAAAUGAUUCGUAUAAAAUGGAAUCAAAUGAGCAUGCAUCGAAAGAAAAAGAGGAAGAAAAAGCUGACAAAAAAUCGAAAACAAGAAGAAAAUCAAAAAGUUCAAGUAACCAUCGAAGGGCCGAAGCUGUUUUUAUUACAAACAAACAAGAAAAUUAUGAAUUACAUACCGUUUUUACACACAUACACACAUGUCUGAGUUUGAAUUGUUAUUAGAAUUUGGAAACUUCAAAACAAAACCUUCGAUCUAAAGGAAUAACCAUACAGAUUUAAGAAUUAAAUGAAACAAAAACAACAACAAAACACAUUUACUGGACUAUGUCUACUUUUAGCAUAUUAAAGAAAGGAAUAAAAACAGAACAAAAAUCGAUAGAUAAAAAAAUACGUAUAAGAUAGGUCUUGAUAUAAUAAUACAAAAAAAAAUAUUAAACACAAAUUAAAUUAGGAGUAAUUUUAAUCUAAACAAGAAAAAAACCCUACAAAUGUUGUCUGUCGCGUAAAUUUCUUCUGAUUCCCUAGAUCGAGAAAAUCGAACGCGUUACGUGGCAUGGGUUUCAACAAGAAAUCAUUCGAUAGAUGGUAUUCUGAUUUCUCAGAGCUCUUAAAUAAGUUCAUUAUAUAAAAAUAAAAAACAAACAAAAAAACUUGAUUUAAGACAAAUCCGAUUAAAAAAAAAUCAAAAGACAAAAAUAUUAUGCAAAUAAUCUUAAACACACAGUCGGAGCAAUUCUCUCAUCAUUUUUUUUAGGAUAAAUGCAGAUGACGGUUGAUGCUUUUGUUAACACUCGCUUCAUUUUCAAUCAUCGAUGCAGAAGAGAGAAGACCAAAAUACAUUCAAAAAUGUCAACCGUUUUAUCAUUUCAAUGUUUUUUUUUGUAUUUUUUUUUUAUCAAGUUGAACCGUUUUUUUCUCUCUCUCUCUCAAACUUCAUGCUAGUGGAUACGAAACAAGUACAUUGUAAUCUUGCCCAUUUUCUGUUUUUAUUUAUAUUGGCAAUCAUAAAAUUUUAUCAAAAGAAAUGUUUUGAAAAUUAUUCGAGUUUCUGUUUUAAACCGCAAUUCAAUUGAUUUUAAAGAAAAUUUCAACAUGAACAUUUUUGCUGACCAACCAAAUCACGUGUGGAUUAAGAUCAAAUCGCAUAUGAAUGCUUUAAAUUUGACAUAAAUUUUGAUUGGGAUUUGAAGUCGCUCUACAAUCGAGGGCUUGUAAUCCAAGAAUUACCAAGAGUUUACUCAAAGCUAUGGACAAAAAAACUAGAAGUAGCUGUGUAAAUUUGGAUUGGAUUUUCACCUCAAAAUGGAAGUUCAAAUGAGUGAGGCAAAACGUGAGCUCAAGACGAUGAAAUACAUUGAAAAAUAGCAAAAUAUUGCUGCAUGGUAAAAAUAAUUGAUCAUAAAUCCAAUCAAAAUCGACAUAUUCUCAAUCCAACCCAAUAUGCAAAAUGCUUAAGCACUAAACUAAUGAUUGGCAAUCGCUAUGUAUUUUUACCGAACAACAAUAUUUUCCAACUGUCAACCGUUGUCUCAGCAUUGUUCUAAUUUGACAAAAUUCAACGGCAUUCAUUUGUGAAUUGUAGAAAAACGCAUUUCGAAGCGGCAAAAAAGUAUAACCAUGGUCACGAUUACAUUCUUUACUAGUGUAGCGGCGUCGAGAUAUUAAAAUACUGAGAAAAUCAAAAUAAAUUUUUCGACAAAGCUGUUCUUAAUGCUAAAACAAAACGGGAAAUAGACGAAGAAGCAAAAAGUAAAAUCAGAGUUAAGCGAAUGAUAAAAACAAUCAAGGAAAUGAAGAAAUAAAUUAAAUUUUUAUAUUUGUUUAGAUAUUAAAUAUAUAGCAUAGCUUAUGUAUCGAUCAAUAAUACUGCUUUUCUUUUCUAUUCUAUUCAUUGUUUAUCCUUUUUUAUUGAUUAAAUUAAAAGAAGAAAAUAAAGAAGAAAAAUAAAACACAACAAAAAAUCGUUAUUGUAAGGUCAUCUCUUUUUUAUAAUAUCAAUAUGAUUGCUGAAAAAUUGUAAAGUGUAAAA